CCGGGGAAUCAUUUUGGUGUAGGACUGUUUUGGUGCCCGAUGCUACUUUAAUUGAUCCAGUGAUGCCUGGAUCUUGAGCUCACUGGAGUAGCGGUGAUUGUUACUCGCCCAGGAAGAUGAGUGCCUCGAAGCCCGAUAUCCUGUGGUCUCCCCAUCACGUUGAUCGCUAUGUCAUCUGUGACUCGGAGCUCAGCUUGUAUCGCAUCGCGUCGCUGGGGAGCGCGGAGACCAAAGCCGGAGUUCUCCAGCUCUCGGGAGAGACGGCAGCGACGCUGCUGGCCAUCAAUUCGGAUACCCCGUACAUGAAAUGUGUAGCCUGGUACCCCAGGCCUGAGCCCGAAUGCCUGCUUGCGGUGGGGCAAGCGAACGGACGCGUGGUGCUGACCAGUCUUGGGCAGAGCCACAACACCAAGUGCAAGGAAUUAAUGGGCAAAGAGUUCGUCCCGAAGCACGCCAGGCAGUGCAACACUUUGGCUUGGAACCCUGUGGACAGCAACUGGCUGGCCGCCGGACUUGACAAGCACCGGGCCGACUUCUCUGUAUUGAUCUGGGACAUCAGCAGCAAAUUUGCCCCCGAAGCCUCUGUCCCCACCGAGAAACUGCGUCUCUCGGCUGGCGACACCGACGCAGGCCUCGUGGUGACAAAGCCCCUCUACGAGCUGGGUCAAAAUGACGCUUGCCUGUCCCUCUGCUGGCUCCCCCGGGACCAGAAGCUGCUUCUGGCCGGCAUGCACCGCAACCUGGCCAUUUUCGACUUGCGAAACACGAGCCAGAAGAUGUUUGUCAACACUAAGGCCAUCCAGGGGGUCACUGUUGACCCCCAUUUCCAUGACCGAGUCGCUUCCUUUUUCGAAGGCCAGGUGGCCAUUUGGGAUCUCCGGAAAUUCGAAAAGCCGGUGUUGACCUUAACCGAGCAGCCGAAACCUCUGACCAAAGUGGCUUGGUGUCCCACCCGCACCGGACUUCUGGCCACCCUGACCAGAGACAGCAACGUCAUCCGUCUGUACGACAUGCAGCACACCCCGACCCCCCUCGGCGAUGAGACGGAGCCCACCAUCAUCGAGAGGAGCGUGCAGCCGUGCGAGAACGUCAUCGGCUCCUUUGCGUGGCACCCAUCCAGCCAGAACCGCAUGGUGGUGGUGUCGCCCAACCGCUGCAUGACGGAUUUCACGGUGUUCGAGCGCAUCUCCCUGGCCUGGAGCUCCAGCACCUCCCUCAUGUGGGCGUGUGGCAGGCACCUGUACGACUGCACGGAGGAGGCAGAGGCCGGCUCCCUCGAAAUGGACAUUGCCACUAAAAUGAGGCAGCGAGCGCAGUCCAGAUAUGGCCAUGACACUGAGCAGAUCUGGAGGAACCACCUUUUAGCCGGUGGGGAUGAUCCUCAACUGAAAUCUCUCUGGUACACUCUGUAUUUUAUGAAACAGUACACUGAAGACCUGGAACAAAAGAACUUGGGGAACAGAUUGCCUCUUGUCUAUUCAGGCAUAAAAAACAUAGUGAAGUCAAGCUCAGGCACGCUGGAGAGCUGCCGCUGCUGGAACGGGUCUGACCGGCCGGCCGACGUCACCCAGUACCGCAGCGAGGAGAGGAGCCUGGCACUGCGGCUGUGCGGCUGGAUUAAGAGGGGCCCGGAGAUCGACGUGGAGCCCUUCCUCAAGUCGCUGGAGCAGGAGGGGGAAUGGGAGCGAGCGGCUGCUGUUGCCCUCUUCAACCUGGACAUCCGCAGGGCCAUCCAGAUACUCAACACAGGAGCUUCCUCCGGGAAAGGGGAUUUGAAUCUCAAUGUUGUAGCGAUGGCCCUGUCUGGGUACACUGAUGAGAAGAAUUCGCUGUGGAGAGAGAUGUGCAGUACGCUCAGGCUGCAGCUGAGCAACCCCUAUCUCUGUGUGAUGUUUGCCUUCCUAACCAGUGAACCAGGGGCGUAUGAUGGAGUGCUGUAUGAGAGCAGAGUGGCUGUCCGAGACCGCGUGGCUUUUGCCUGUAUGUUUUUAAGCGAUGGGCAGCUGCCCCGAUUCAUUGAGAAGCUGACUAAUGAGAUGAAGGAGGCUGGGAAUCUUGAAGGGAUCCUCCUCACCGGCCUGACAAAGGAUGGUGUGGAUCUGAUGGAAAGUUAUGUUGACAGAACUGGGGAUGUCCAGACAGCUAGCUUCUGCAUGCUGAAGGGUUCUCCUGAAGAAGUGGUCAAGGACAGGAGAGUCCAGUGCUGGAUUGAGAGCUAUCGCAACUUGUUGGACGCUUGGAGGUUCUGGCACAAAAGAGCAGAGUUUGAUAUUCAUCGGAGCAAACUGGACCCUAGCUCUAAGCCCCUGGCACAGGUGUUUGUGAGCUGCAACUUCUGCGGGAAGUCCAUCUCCUACAGCUGCUCGGCCAUGCCUCACCAGGGCCGGGGCUUCAACCAGUACGGAGUGAGCAGCUCUCCCACCAAGUCGAAGGUGACCAGCUGUCCGGGCUGCCGCAAGCCCCUGCCCCGCUGUGCCCUGUGCCUCAUGAACAUGGGCACCCCAGUAUCCAGCUGUCCAGGAACCGGGAAGUCGGAUGAAAAGGUAGACCUCAGUAAGGACAAGAAGCUGGCCCAGUUCAAUAACUGGUUCACCUGGUGUCACAACUGUCGGCACGGAGGCCACGCGGGACACAUGCUGAGCUGGUUCAGGGAUCACCAUGAGUGCCCUGUCUCUGCUUGCACCUGUAAGUGCAUGCAGCUGGAUACUACGGGAAAUUUAGCCCCGUCAGACACUGCCUAAACAUGAAGGAUGACACUCAACGCCCUGCUUCCUGCAAAGUGUCUUUCAGACGCCUUCGUAUAUACCUCUUUGACGAGAAGCACUCAAGGCUCUGGAGUAAAGCACAGAAGAAAAUUUCCAUCAUCCAUCCAAGCAGUUUGAUGUGUGAAAGGUUCUGAUGGGUUGACAGGCAUGUGCUCCUGAAACCAGCCUGUCAAGAGUGUCAACUAUGUCUUGUUCAGCAGAUCGGGGCCAUUCACUGUCAUAGACCCCCUCCAGGAUCUGAACUGAUCUGUAGUUUCAGUUCUGAGCACCCUUCAGGGAAAUUCCCCCGCUGACACUGAAUAGUCCUUGAACCGAUCAUGUGAGACAAACCCAGAAUUAAGUACUGGCACUGUCUGAAACGUGAGGCUGAAAUAAUGACAUGCCUUCGAACAACAGACAGCUGAGUCGAACUGGCCAUUAGUUGCUUUAUUUAAACUGCCCAUGCUAAAAAAAAGGAAAAAAAUAACCUUUUAAUUCACAGAAGUCCGUAAAAUCAUAGAUAUGUUUAAAAAAUCUUAAAUUAUUAAAAAAACGUAGUACAAAAUGACCAUUAUAAAAGAAGAUGUAGAUUAUUGCUUGUUUGUGUUUUAAACAUUUUGGGCUGAUGUGUGUUUGGGAAAAUGCAAGGGCUUACACUUUUGUGUUCCUGAUUAUAUUGCUAAUGAGUUAAAUAGUAUACUUGAAUAUUUGAUUAUGCAUAUUUUACAUUUUGAUAAAAACAAAUCUUCUGUAUAAUCUUGUAUAUUUACAUUUAUUCCUUAUAAAGGAUUUCUAUACACAUGGAAGGGACAACAAAAUAAAUUUAUGUUUGUAUUUUCAGAUCCUAAAGAAUGUUUUCUAAAAUUCAGUUUUUCUUUUUAAGUUUCUGCAACUUAGUAUGUCAAAAGCUCUGGGGCGGAGAAUACAACUACAUUUUUUGUGUUGAAGCUCGUAAAUAAAUUGAGAUGACUGAA